CGCCGGGACCCCUGCUGCCCGAGUGCAGCCACGCUCCGACGGCCACUCGGGGCGCAUGGCGGCCGCACCGGGGUGCCAGAAAUUCACUCUCAAAAUUUUAGAAAACACUGAUAGCAAGAAGAAGGAAGUUAAAAUCCCAUUCCUCCCAGGCCUGGAGUGCUUAAACAACCUGUUCAGGGACAUACAACUACUCAUUGGCUAAACUGAGAAUCAAGUGAGUUACUUCUCAGUCAACUCAUAUUGCCAAACCGAACUCUCUUGUUUUCUUGCAAGAUGAAAGGAGACAACCAUGAAUGAGCCACUAGACAAUUUUGCAAACGCUUCUGAUUUCCCCGAUUAUGCAGCUGCUUUUGGAAAUUGCACUGAUGAAAAAAUCCCACUCAAGAGGCACUACCUCCCUGUUAUUUACAGCAUCAUCUUCCUGGUGGGCUUUCCAGGGAACGCAGUGGCAAUUUCCACUUACGUUUUCAAAAUGCGGCCCUGGAAAAGCAGCACCAUCAUCAUGCUGAACCUGGCCUUCACAGACCUGCUGUACCUAACCAGCCUCCCUUUCCUGAUUCACUACUAUGCCAGUGGCGAAAACUGGGUCUUUGGGGAUUUCAUGUGCAAGUUCAUCCGCUUUGGCUUCCAUUUCAAUCUGUAUAGCAGCAUCCUCUUCCUCACCUGUUUCAGCAUCUUCCGAUACUUUGUGAUCAAUCACCCGAUGAGCUGCUUUUCCAUUCACAGAACUCGGUGGGCCAUGGUAGCCUGUGCUGUGGUGUGGAUCAUUUCCCUGGUGGCUGUCAUCCCCAUGACCUUCUUGAUCACAUCAACCACCAGGACCAAUAGAUCCGCCUGCCUUGACCUCACCAGCUCGGAUGACCUCACGACUAUCAAAUGGUACAAUCUAAUUUUGACUGUGACUACUUUCUGCCUUCCCCUGGUGAUUGUGACACUUUGUUACACAAUGAUUAUCUACACCCUCACCCAAGGACCUCAGACUCAAAGCUGCCUUAAGCAGAAAGCUCGAAAGCAAAUCAUUCUGCUACUUCUUGUGUUCUAUGUAUGUUUUCUACCCUUCCAUAUCUUGAGGGUCAUUCGUAUUGAAUCUCGCCUGCUUUCCAUCAGCUGUGCCAUUGAGAAGCAGAUCCACGAAGCUUAUGUUGUUUCUAGACCAUUAGCUGCCCUGAACACCUUUGGUAACCUGUUGCUGUAUGUGGUGGUCAGCGGCAACUUUCAGCAGGCCAUCUGCUCCGUGGUCAGAUGCAAAGCAAGUGGGGGCCUGGAGCAAGCAAAGAAGAUCAGUUGCUCCAACAACCCUUGACAUGCUUCAUUGACUCGAGCAAAGAGGAAAGCCUGCUGAUUCUUUCCCUAUAAUUUCAAAGAAGUCCAGAAUAUCUCCCUCAAUGGGACUCUCAGUAAAUACUGUGUAUUCAGGUAACUCUGUGCCAAAGCCAGGGCGGAACUGCUAGGAGUUGUCUGCAAUCCAUUUAUUGGGAUCCCCCCAUGGGUAGAUAUAAGAAUGGGAUACAUGCAUAUCAAUAAAGGUUUCAAAUGUGAAAGUGGACUAUUGGAACUCAGGGCCAUGUCAGAGACUAUGUCAGGGCCAUUGCCUUGGGUUGCUCAGUCAGUUAGUGCCAAGACAGGACAAAGCCAAUUUUUCACUCAUAGUGUCAUACACCUUCAUACUGGGGCCUAUUUGUAUUGAAUCCCUAGACUAUUCAAGGCAUUAUUUGUAUCUUUCUCAACAUUCACUUUUUUUUUUUUAAUAUUUUGUAUCUUUAAGCCUUUUCUUCAAACUUCGUUUGGAGGUUAUUAAACUGUAUUUUUUACUAGGCUUUAGUCAGCUUUAUAGAUUAAAGCAAGCCAGUACUAUAUACUUGAGAUAAUUAGAAAAUAUCAAUGCAAGUAGCUAAAACAAAUACCUGCAAGAUAAUUUGGGAUAUUAUGUUUUUAUUGUUGUAGAUCAUGUUCAAAGUCGUUAGUGAAAUUACCAAGUUAUAUUAGUAAUUAUCAACAUGCCCUGGGGAAGAAGGGGCCACUUUUGGGGAACAGAAGUACUUUUAAAUAUCCUGUAUAUAUUGGGUAUUAAAUAAAAGGUAACAUAAUUUUGACUUCUGUCUGUGGGAAAAUAUUCAGGGAAACACUAAUUCUCUUUAGAUAACUUUUUCUUUUGUGACUAUCCUGAAAACAUGCCCUCUAUUGUAAUAGCUAAAGCUAUUUUUGAAUUGUGUGUGUGCAUAAUUAGCACUAAGUGUAAAUAUUUGAGAAAAUGCCUAGUAUGAAUAUUUAAAACCCUAGCAAAU